AUGAUUAGCCAACUAUCACUGCUGAGCAGUCUCGUAGCCUUGGCUGCAGCCCAGCUCUGUCCACCCGCAUGCCUUCAGACGUUCAAUACUGGAUGUGGUGGAUGUUCCGGAAUACGAGCAUAUCGACUACCUCCUCCACCGAUGGUGAUGAUGAUGCCUCCUCCACCACUAAUACGUCCCAUAUAUAAUCCAUGUGGCGGUCUACCUUGUGCUCCCCAGACACAAUAUAUACCACCAUGUGGAGGUGGCGGAUGCGGUAAUGUAGGACAACAGGCGACCUACGGUAUCCCCGAUCCCAUCAUCACCGAAUCAGGACGUGUCAUCCAAGCUCCAUUUCAACCUCCUCCUUCGCUUCCACCUCCUGGUGUCCAACAAACGAAUUAUAGCCCUGGAAAAUAA